AUGGCCGAUGAUGGUGGAGAACGAUUUGAAAUUGAACGUAUUGUUGAUAAACGUUAUCGAAAUGAUCGCGUAGAAUAUCUUAUUAAAUGGCGAGGUUAUCCCGACAGUCAAAAUACAUGGGAACCUUCAAAUAAUAUUGAAGGUGAUGAAGAAUCAGAAUUACUUGCUGAAUAUGAAGCAUAUAAUAAACGUCAACAACAAAAAAUGUUUAAUUCAGGAACACGACCAACAAUGAAUACUCUAUCACCAAAUAAACGUCGACAAGAUGAAAUAAUGAAUACUAAUUUAAAAAAACGACCAUUAAACACAGGUAAUAUGCAAUCAUCAAAUACUCCGACUGGUUUUGAACGUGGAUUUGAAGCUGAAAAAGUCUUAGGUGCAACAGAUUCUGCUGGUGAACUUAUGUUACUUGUUAAAUGGCGUCAUUCAAAUGAAGCUGAUCUCGUUCCAGCACGUAUUGUAAAUGUAAAAUGUCCAGGACUUGUUAUAGAUUUCUAUGAACAACAUUCAUUUUGGACUCGAUUACCAAAAUUAGCUCAAACUGGUGGAUCUACACCACGAUGA